AUGUCUAGUAUAGAGGAAAUCACUAUACGUUAUGCUAACCCCCGUUUUAGCAAUUUGGAUGAACUAAGGAAGUGGGCUGAUGAUCUAGGAAUCAUUCACUUUCCUGCUAUUAUUAAUCGCAUUAGCGAUUUACAGGCAUUGGAAGGAGAUCCAAUGGAUAUUCAAUCCGUUGACCAGACUAUCUACACAAGUCUGCUGGAGAUUGACGACCCUGAGGAAGUGAAAGAAAGGGCCAAGUUUAACAAUCUUGGUAGCCAUGAAAUGGCUGCGAAAAGAAUCCGUGAGUUGUGCGAACAUUGCUGUGAACAUUGUACAAGUGUGUUUACCAGGAAAAGCUCUCUGGCCAGACACAUGGAAAGUGUGCAUGCAAGGAAAGCAUUUGAGUGCCACAAAUGUGAGAAGAAAUUCUCAUCGAACUUUAACAGAGUUCGACAGCAAAAGAUGUGUACCGAGAAAACUUUAAUACUACGCAGCUUCAAUUGUAGCGUGUGUAAUGCCAGCCUACCCACUCUGGCGGAAUUAAAGAAACAUUCUGUGUUUCACAUUCAAGAACACAACAGAGAAUUUGAGCCUAUGCCGGGACCAUCUCGUGAGCCAAUGCCGGGACCAUCACAUGAGUCAUUUCCCUACAUUCUCUCUCCAUGCCCUUUAUCGGAUAGCGAAUCUGACGAUGAAACCACUGCGAUAUCUGCACCAAUGUCAUCAAAAAAAAUAUACUUGUAG